CGUUUCUAGCAGCAACGGCACCCAACGAAUCGCCUCUCCUCCACCGCCGCAUCCCGCAAAACGCAAGGUACCGUAGGGAACCUUCCGGCAUCCACAGCCCGCCCGCCUCGCCCCCCAAGAUACAGAUACGGCACGCAACAACCACCACCAAAGCAGCAGCAACAGCAGCAACAACAACAGCAACAACAGCAUGGCUCCCACCGAAGAAACCGCCCCGGGCGAAGCCGUUUUCCCGGAGGAAAACGGCCCCGGGAUCCCGGCCCAAGAAUCCCUCCCUCCCCAACACGCGGCUCCCCCCGCCUCUGCCGAAUCCGCGCGGGGAGAAAGCCCCGACGCCCCGGACGGGUCCCUCUCGCCGGAAGACCCGGCUGCCCCCGCAGCGGUCGGGGAGAGCCGGAAGCGAACGGCCGGAGAGGCCGGUCUCCCCAGCGGCGAAGAAAGCAGCACCAAGAAGGCGGCUCCGGAAGACCUUGCUCCCCCCGAAACGAACACCGAACGCCAAGCCGGGCCGGAAGCGAACGGCCCCGUCCCCUCCAGCCCCACCGUCUGCACGAUCGCCACCGCAAGCCUCGGCCUCCCUUCCCCGGCGAUCGCCAGCGCCGUCACCCCGGGUGCCACCACCGUGGCCACGCCGGGAAGCGAGCCCCGGUCCGCCUCCCGGAUCAAGUCCUGCCUGGUCGACGGCUGCGAAAAGCUCCGGGCCAAGAGCGGGUACUGCCUCCGCCACUUCAAGGACAAGACGGCCCCGAUCCGGUCCGGGACCCCGGAGUACGAGCGCCGGAUCUGCGUCAUUGCGGGCUGCGAGCGCCUGCGCUCCAAGGGGGAGCACUGCCACCGGCACCACAAGGACCCCAGCGCCCCCAUCCGGAACAAGGCGGACAAGUCGACGGACCGCAAGAAAAAGUGCGGCAUCGAGCACUGCAACCGCCUCCAGGUGAAGGGGGGCUUUUGCAGCCGCCACUUCCGGAACCGGAGCGCCCCGGUCCUGACCACACCCGCCUUUUCCUUCGACGCCGACGCCCGGUGGGACGAGCUCUUUCCCCAGCUAGAAGCCUUUUACAAGAAACACGGACACUCGCGGGUUCCCACCUCGCAAAAGACGGACCUCGCCCGCUUUGUCGUCCACAUCCGGUGCGUCUACCGGACCAAGAAGCAGAAGAUGCUCCGGGAGGCCCAGGCCGUGGUCCCGGCCACCCCCCAGGCGUCCGCCGCCAACGGGGAGGGCCACGGGGGGGCCUCCGACAAGGCCAACAAGGCCGCUUCGGAAGGCGAGGCCCACCCCGAUCUCACCAAGAGCAAGCUCCUGACGCCCGAGCGGAUGGAGGCCCUCAAAACGGUCAACUUUGAGUUCCAGCUCUGGACCGUCGAGCCCUCGCAGUGGGAGCAGCGGUUCCAGGAACUCCUGGCCUACCGGACCCAGAACGGACACUUCCACGUCACCAACAAGCAAAACGCUACCCUCUCCAGGUGAGUGGAGCCGAGACGAGCUUGGCCUGGCCUGGCGUAGCCGAGUCGGACUUGUUUCUCUUCACCCCGGUCCACGCAUUUGCGCCCGCGUGCUUGGAUUUUUUUUGUGGUUUUCACCGUCGUUUUCUCACUCUUGUCGUUGCAUGUAUCCACCGUGCCGCUUUUUCUCUCCUUUAGCUGGUGCAAAACCCAGCGCCAGCGAUACAAGAACACGAUGGCGAUUUACCAAGGCCUAUACGGAGUAGAACUGACCUGUCCCCAAAAGAAGGCAAAGGAGCUCUACGACAAGGCCAAGGAAAAAGCCAAAGAGGCCAAGGCCGCGGCGGCAGCCGAGGAGGGGGAGGGAGCCAAGUCCAAGGCAGCGGUGAUGUCUACACCGAAUCUGUCCGACAUUGGAGAAGCCAAGAACAUGAUGGACCCGGAGCGCAUCUGCAAGCUCAACGCGGUGGGGUUCGAAUGGGAACUGCAGAAGGACACCUACGUCGAGAGCUGGGAAAACAGGUACAACCAGCUGCUCAAGUUCAAGGUCCUCAACGGGCACUGCCGCGUCCCCAAGUCGAGCGGGGACAACCCGCAGCUCGGCCAGUGGGUGAAGCAGAUGAGAAAGUACCACGGCUGGAAAGAGGACGGGAAGUCCUACCCCAGCACCUUUACGGACGAGCGCAUCUCGCGGCUCAACGAGCUGGGCUUUGAAUGGCGGCUCAAGGACACCCCCAUGAAGUCCUCGGCCGCCAAGGCCGAGGCCGAAACGACCACCCCCGUGAUCGCGGCGCGGGUCCUCAACAACCAGCUGAACAACACGGUCGACGUCCCCCCCCUGCAGCAAUACCCGCCGCAGGCCGCCGCGGCGUCCGCCGCAACCAUAAGCAUUACCAUCGGCAAUGGUACCGCGGGCGACGUCGUCAACGGCGGCGGAACCCCGGGCGAAAACGGGCAAGCCAUGAACUGGGGCUGGGGAAACAACGCCUACGACGGGACCAGCAAUUCGGCGACGGUAUGACCGAAGCAACAAAGCCGAGGACGGGAGCAGCAAUGGACCGCACGGCACGGCACGGCAUUGUA